GGGGUCGCGCGGCGGCAGGAGGCGGGGCUCUCGGGGCCGCUGCCGCCGCCGCCGCCGCGCAUUGUGCAGCAGGCGGGCCCCCGCGCGGCAGGGCCCUGGACCCGCGCGGCUCCCGGGGAUGGUGAGCAAGGCGCUGCUGCGCCUCGUGUCUGCCGUCAACCGCAGGAGGAUGAAGCUGCUGCUGGGCAUCGCCUUGCUGGCCUACGUCGCCUCUGUUUGGGGCAACUUCGUUAAUAUGAGCUUUCUACUCAACAGGUCUAUCCAGGAAAAUGGUGAACUAAAAAUUGAAAGCAAGAUUGAAGAGAUGGUUGAACCACUAAGAGAGAAAAUCAGAGAUUUAGAAAAAAGCUUUACCCAGAAAUACCCACCAGUAAAGUUUUUAUCAGAAAAGGAUCGGAAAAGAAUUUUGAUAACAGGAGGCGCAGGGUUCGUGGGCUCCCAUCUAACUGACAAACUCAUGAUGGAUGGCCACGAGGUGACCGUGGUGGACAAUUUCUUCACGGGCAGGAAGAGAAACGUGGAGCACUGGAUCGGACAUGAGAACUUCGAGUUGAUUAACCACGACGUGGUGGAGCCCCUCUACAUCGAGGUUGACCAGAUAUACCAUCUGGCAUCUCCAGCCUCCCCUCCAAACUACAUGUAUAAUCCUAUCAAGACAUUAAAGACCAAUACGAUUGGGACAUUAAACAUGUUGGGGCUGGCAAAACGAGUCGGUGCCCGUCUGCUCCUGGCCUCCACAUCGGAGGUGUAUGGAGAUCCUGAAGUCCACCCUCAAAGUGAGGAUUACUGGGGCCACGUGAAUCCAAUAGGGCCUCGGGCCUGCUACGAUGAAGGCAAACGUGUUGCAGAGACCAUGUGCUAUGCCUACAUGAAGCAGGAAGGCGUGGAAGUGCGAGUGGCCAGAAUCUUCAACACCUUUGGGCCACGCAUGCACAUGAACGAUGGGCGGGUAGUCAGCAACUUCAUCCUGCAGGCGCUCCAGGGGGAGCCACUCACGGUAUACGGAUCCGGGUCUCAGACAAGGGCGUUCCAGUACGUCAGUGAUCUAGUGAAUGGCCUCGUGGCUCUCAUGAACAGCAACGUCAGCAGCCCGGUCAACCUGGGGAACCCAGAAGAACACACAAUCCUAGAAUUUGCUCAGUUAAUUAAAAACCUUGUUGGUAGCGGAAGUGAAAUUCAGUUUCUCUCCGAAGCCCAGGAUGACCCACAGAAAAGAAAACCAGACAUCAAAAAAGCAAAGCUGAUGCUGGGGUGGGAGCCCGUGCCUUACCCAUCACUGAGAGGGUCUCAAGAUGUUAUCAUACGGGAUUUAGAUGGACAGAAAUCCAGUGACUGGUGUUUUUAUAAGAAGAAGAGAGGAUCCACAGAGGUCACCCAUGUGAAGACAGAGGCAGGCAGAAAUGGGAGUGAGGCUCCCACACACUGGGGAACUUGCCUUUGCUCUCUAAAAGUGCAGCCCAGUUUUGUAGCUUGCCCAGAUCACCCUAAAAUCAAGUAUGAUUUGUACCACUUGCUGUUAUUUGUAUUCACUUUUAAAAGUGUUUCUGAUCAGCUCAAUCAUUUUUAAUAGAAAAUACCUUGUCUGGCCUGAUAGAACACACGCCUCCACCCAGCGAACUGGCUUGCAGACCUAUAGAAGCCUCUGACCCUUAACUGUUGCAUGACAUCGUAAGUAGUGAGUAGAGCAUCUUCGGGUGUAAGGAACUGGAGUCAGGCCCCAGGAUGGAGGUAAUGGUGACCACUUUCUCAGCAGGGUUCUUAGCCUCUCCUUCCAUGGACAGGCUCCAGGGGUCUAGAAAGGCAUGUAAAAUUGCGUUUGCAUCUGCCAAGGCACAGUUUUCUGGGAAUAGGAACCAUAGCUUUUGCCAGACUCUUAAAAGUGUCUGUGACCCAAAUAAAAUUAAGAAUGCCUGCUUUGUUUGUGAAUUAUACAUCAAUAAAGCUGGGGGAAAAAAUAAAUGUUUUCAAAGAGAACCUCUGCAUAAAGAAUUUACUAUGGAGAUGGGGCGAAAAAUAUAUCCAUAAACAAGAGUCACAAGCUGGCUGCCCUACCAGAGGUUGCAUUUUAUUAGCAUACCCAGUGUUUACAAAUUUUGAAUUUGAAUGCCUCUCAGCCCAAGUCACUUAGCACACCCAUGGUCCGUAAGCAGGCACCUAACCUACUAGCCUCCUGUAGCAUUUGAUUAAAGUGCUACCUAGCUGCCUUCAGAGUCAUUGGGCCAUCCAGGGAGCCUGCUGGCCUGCCCUCUGGGAUGGGACGGGGAACCUGCUAGAACUUAUUAAGUCUAUUUCCUGCUAAGUGCCUCCCUUCUAAUUCACGGGUAGGGUGGCCACACUUUCUGGCUGUCCAGGAACAGCCCUGGUAUAUACCUCUUGUCCUUGUAAAUUAAUGAUAGUGCCUCCUUUUGCUCUCAAAAGUGUUUCAGCUUGGAUGAUAAAUUACAUGGCCUCCCAAUUUUUUGAGGUUUAAUGGCAUGGAAAUGGCUUCAUAAGAUCUCUAGGGACCACACUGAAGGGCCAGGGAGGAGAGGUGGUGGUUUCCCUCACAUCUUCCCUAUGAGAGCUGGGAGUCUGCUGGGUGGCGAGCUAAGAUAUCGGCGUAGUGCAUAGCAGCCUGUGGGAGAGCUGCAGUGGUUUUUGUUGUCUGUGCUCAAGUCGGUCUAUAGUGAUGUAGUUGUUUAAAAAGCAAUUGCAAUCUUAGGCUGUUUAAUAAAGGAUACUUAUAAAAAGAAA